GCCUCAAGCACCAUACAAGGGGGUUUUCCAUUAGCAGCAAAUAAUAAUCAUAGACUCUUGAUUAUUACCGACCCUCCACAAAUCAUUGCACAUCUGCCACUGAGUGUGUUAAUUAGUAUUAUUAGUUUUACUGGACUCGUUCCCAAAAUGACGAAAACUGCAUUUUUUGCUGUCGGAAUUGUGUUCUGCUUGGUCUUCAACGCUUUUGGCAAAGUCAGCGCCCUCGACUGCUAUAUUUUGCCGCAAAUAAAGAACCAGGAUCGAACGACAUGCACUGGUUCCAACGAAGUUUGCUAUAGGGACAGAACAACGUUACCAAACAGCACAGAAGUGAUUUUGAAGGGAUGCAUGGAUCGCAACAACAGAAUUCUGGGCUGCAGCGCGGGAGCGGCGAACACCAACGAAAAGUGCUAUUGCGACAGCAGUUUAUGCAACUCAGCCGUCAAGGCCGGACAACUGGGUGUCUUCGGUUUUGUUUGUAGUUUGAUUGUCAUGACUUUCACACAAAGAAUUUUGUGAAAAAUAGCACACUUCAUGAUUUGUACAAUUAAUAAUUUACCGUUAUAUUUUAUGGGUGCGCAAAUACUUUGUUAUGCAGUGAAUUCCAUAGCUUGAAGUUGCAGUUCUCCUACCGCAUUUAUUUUAUCUACUUUGUACAGUCCUGUACAUACGAUGUAAGCACCCGAAAAUAUUACUCAAGACCUAAUCAGAAAGUUGUUGUAAUACACACAUUGUGUGCAAAAAAACUGGAAAACGG